AUGGGCACGGCCCUCCAUACUGCAGCGGACACUAACAACUCAGCGGUGGUACAGGUCUUGCUGUCGGAGCCCUGCUCUGCAGACCCAGAAGCACUCCUGCUUGGUGAUACGGCCUCCUUGUAUCUGGCGGCAGGGCGGGGCUUUCCUGAUGUCAUCGAUGCCUUGCUGGCAGGUGGAGCCCACCCUGACAGGAUCACCCGCCAUGCACCGCUGCUACACUUUGCACUGCUCGAUGUGUAUGCAGGACACUUCGGCAACGGCGCGGCAAAGGCUCCAGUGGGCGGUGACGCAGCCGCUAUGCUUCCGGGCAGCAGCCGUCAAGCACCCGGCUUCGAGGAGGCCAACGGCGCCACGGCGCUGCCCCUCGGACGGCAUCACGGCAUCACGCACAGUACGGCACGGUGCGCCCGUACGCCCGUACACAUCCGUACACAUCCGUACACCGUGCCCACCCAUGAACCUCGAGGCACGCAGCCUGCGAGAACGGGCACUUGGCAGCGUCGCUCUUACAUUUCGCCGUGCAAUGUGCAACGCAGUGGAACGCAGUGCAAGGGGCGUCCUAGGCGGCGCAAGCGCUCCUGGAUGGUGGGGCCCGGCAACUCGCAACAAUGCAAGGACCGAUUGUCAGCCAGGCCCUGCUCUGACGAAGUGCCUCUUCUUGCAGCAGGCGUCACUCCUCUGAUCACCGCGCUUCAGUACCGCCAGAGAUCCAUCGCCAUGGCUUUGCUGGAGAGCAGGACGCCUGCAAACGUCCAUGUGGUGUCGCCCGCAGACGGGCAAACGGCGCUGCACAUUGCGGCGGCCUAUGGCUUCUCGGAGGUCGUGGCUGGGAUCCUACGGCAAGGAGGUGCCGCAGAUGUGAAAGAUCAUGCAGGACACAGGCCAGUGGAUUAUGCCCGAGACACGCUGGUGGUCUGGUUGCUGGCACGUUUCCACGGCAGAGACGGUGGCCUGGAUUCCCUGGUCCGCAGCCACGCGAACGAAGAGCUGGCCACGCUGCUCCAUCGUAUAGAUGAGUCCAACGCAGCUCUUCCCAAGAAAGAUCUGUACAAGAGGCAGUAUGGCUGCAGGCUCUCGCAGACCAACACGUUAUCUGUCGACCCCGGCAGCGCCCCCUGCAAAAGGUAG